AUGCCACCGAAGAAAAGAGGUAGGAAAGCAGCCGGUCUUCCAAAAUUACCAGUAGAGGAGAAGCAGCCUGAACAUGCUAAUAAUGAUUUAGCGCCGCCAAAUGAAGAGGAGCGUGUUGCAGCUGUUGAUCCGGUACCUGAUCAAGAAAUUGUUGCAGCUGUUGAUCUGGUACCUGAUCAAGAAAUUGAACCAGAGUCGGAGGAAGCCGAAGGAGACGCACCCACGAGGAAGAGGGCAGCCCCCAGGCUUGUCACCUCGUUUUCGGAGGAUGAGAAGGAGCUGAUCAUUGACUUCCUACAGCAGAAUCCCACACUGUACUCCAAAAGACUGGCUGGUUACAAGGACUCGGCAGCAAAAGACAGGCUGUGGACAGAGCAGGCAAGAAAGAUGGAACGUAUGCCCAUGGAACUAAAGACCUGGUAUGACAGCAUGCGCACCAAGUUCGGAAAGCUGAAGAAAACAGUCACCAAGUCCAGGCAAGCUGCAGAACACUUCACUGCAACCGAACUGUGGAUAUGGCAGCGCUUCCAGUUCCUGUUAGAGCACAUCACUCAGAUGCCCAGAAGGACCGUGGCGAGCUUCACUGCCCGACUUCGACCUGCUGCUGAUGCUACUAUAGCUCCCCCUGUUGGGGCUUCUUCUGAAGCUUCGGAAGACGACCCAACUGAUACCCCUACACCACCUGCUUGCAAUCAAACGUAUACAAAUACGUUGUCUACAGCCCCAGGCAAAACGGACCGCAUGAUGGGCCUCCUGGAAACCUUCCUGGAGAAUCGGCAGGGUCAGGCGCUACCAACCACUGCCUGUGGUUCCUACGUUGAUGGAAGUCUGCGCAGCCUUCCAACACGGAUCCGACGUACAGCAGAAGCAAGAAUAAUGGCAAUUUUACACGAGUCCCAGAACGAAGCAGACCGCCUGCUAUUUCGACCGGUACAACUGCAACAGCCUGGCCCAGCUAAUCGUCAGCAACCCUGUACCUCUUACGAAGAACCUCCAGCCCAGCGUUUUGAUAGUCGUCUAAGUGAGUCUCUGGUCAGGCAAUGGCAGCCACCCCCCUCCCAGUGGCCUGUUGAGGUGACGAACCCACCUGAUCUCUGGCACUCGAUGGAUCGUCCGUGGGUACAAGAGCAGUUCCCUCAUAUGAACAUCGCAUGUCAAAGGCCCGUGACUGGAAACCUACAACAAUCACAGCAAUCGACGCCAGCUACCGAAGUUCAAGACAUCGCGCCUAACCAAAUGACCGCCUCUGCCUCAGGUUCCUUCUUCUCCUUGCUGAAUCAGAUCCGUCAGGCAGAGGACGACGACCAGUGCAGACCAAACCAGUAAAGUUCUUCUGAAUGCGUUUGUAUUUUUCAGAAAAUAAAUACAUGCAAACUUGUCUGUCUUAGUUGUUUACUCUUACCAUAGCAGGAGUAUUCCGGGUACUCCGGUUACCCUACAAUUCCAAAACUGGCAAUGUCCGUAGAUGACCUUAAUGUGUUAAUCGUAAAUUAA